AUGGAUUCCAAACGCCGCAAGACCGGCGACCAGGAUGUCAGCGCCUUGAGGUUGGCGUCGCGCCAGAAAUACCUUGCCGAACGCGAAGCGCAACAACUCGCCCUACUCCGCCGCCAGGUCGCCGAGGAAGCAGAAGAGGAGGCGAGGUUGGGGAACAAGCUGAGCGAGAGAGAAAGAGCCGAGUUUAAGAAGAAUCGUCAGACCCUAGAGCUGGCCGAGGCGCGAAAUGCCAUCGACGAUUCCCGACUACAGGAUGGCUUUCAUUUUCAAACGGACUCGGAUAACCCCCUCCUAGAGGGUACCGCGAGUAAAAACGACGUACUUUAUCGUCGACACAACGACGCGUACGACUCCAGGCCUCAGCAUGAUAAUUCUAAUGACUACAUGUCUGGUCCAAAUAUCCCUCAACCUCAGGACCAAGACAACAUGUACGAAUACGUUUUCGAUACAGCCAACGAGGUGCGCUUCACAGCGGAGGAUGUAGCUCGCAUGGACCCUGCCAAGCAAGCUCUUGAAGCUCAACUCAAUGCCGCGGAGAAGCGAAGUUUGUCAAUCCAAGAAACUCGCCAAUCCCUUCCAAUCUUCAAGUAUCGACAGGAGUUACUCGAUGCUGUGGCCAACCACCAGACCCUCGUUAUGGUCGGAGACACUGGAAGCGGCAAGUCUACGCAAAUGGUUCAGUAUCUUGCCGAAGCAGGUUAUACGAAGACGGGCAAAAUAUGUGUCACACAACCGAGACGCGUUGCGGCUAUGAGCGUUGCCAAACGCGUAGCAGAAGAGUACGGCUGCAAGAUUGGCAACGAGGUCGGCUUCGCGGUCAGGUUUGAAGAUAAGACGUCGGAAAAAACUGUCAUGAAGUUUGCCACGGACGGGAUCCUGUUGCGAGAAGUCAUGGCAGAUCCGCUCCUAAUGCAAUACUCGGUGAUUAUGAUCGACGAGGCUCACGAAAGGUCCAUUGCUUCCGACCUUUUGCUUUGUCUUUGUCGCGAAGUUUGUCGCGCCAGACCGGAAUUCAAGCUCCUCAUCCUCUCUGCAACUAUCAACGCCACCGAGUUCUCGGAAUACUUCGACCGGGCGCCUUGCUUUUUUGUGGAGGGACGGAAUUUCCCAAUUGACAUCCGCUACACCGUUGCUCCAGAAGCAAACUACCUAGCCGCAGCAUGCACGACUGCUUUACAAAUUCACUUGGCAUCACCUCUUGACCAUGGCAUGGGCGGAAUCCUUAUAUUCCUCACUGGCGAAGAAGAGAUCCUGGCUGCUGUGGAAAAUCUCGAAACAACUAUGAAGAAACUCGGGAGCAGGGUGCCAGAGCUUAUCGUUCGUCCUCUGUAUAGCGCGCUAUCCAGUGAUGCCCAAGCGAAAGUGUUUGAGCCGACUCCGCCCAAUGCUAGGCUCGUUGUAGUUUCGACGAAUAUUGCUGAGACAUCACUCACAAUCGACGGAAUCAAGCAUGUCAUCGACUGCGGCUACGAGAAGGCCCAGACUUACGACCCCGUCAGCAACGUCAGUUCGUUGACUAUCAGCCCUAUUUCUCGAGCAUCUGCGAACCAAAGAAGUGGUAGAGCUGGAAGAACAUCACAUGGUUAUGCAUACCGCCUGUAUACGAAACACGCUUUCUACAACGAGCUCCCCGAGCAGACAGAGCCCGAGUUGCUCCGUAGCAACUUGGAUGGUGUUGUCUUGACCCUCAAAGCGCUGAACAUUGACAACCUCCUCGAGUUCGAAUUCUUCACAGCUCCCAGCCCCAGUUCUAUGAUACGUUCUUUAGAGUCGCUCUACAGUUUGGCUGCGUUAGACUCGACCGGGAGGUUGACGAAACUGGGACGGAGGAUGGCCGAAUUACCGCUUGACAUCAGAUUAUCGAAAAUGGUGCUUGAGUCAGAACGCUACCAAUGCCAGCAACAAGUGCUCAGUAUCAUCUCGGUCCUCAGCGAGGCAAGCAGCCUCUUCCUCAGACCAAAAGACAAGAAGGUAGCAGCUGAUGCGGCAAGAGCAAGAUUUUCAAGCACCGAGGGCGGUGAUUUCAUGACCUAUCUCAACAUCUGGAACCAGUACGAGGAAAGCGGCUUCGAUAGUCGUUGGGCUACUGAGAAUUUCCUCCAGUGGCGAUGUCUCAGUCGGGCUAGGAACGUUCGCGAUCAGCUUCAGAAUCUUUGCGACCGCGUUGAAGUACCGUAUUCGAGUUGUGGCAGCACAGAUCACGUCGCCAUCCGGAAGUGCAUAACUUCGGCCUACUUCGGCAACGCUGCGAGGCUUGCGCGCGAUGGGCUGAGUUACCGCACAGUAUCGAACAACGGGAUGACGGUAUUCAUACAUCCCUCCUCAAGCUUGAUCGAAAACCGGCCAAAAUGGAUUGUCUUCUACGAGAUCGUAGAGUCGUCCAAGACUUACGUACGAUCCGUCCUACCCAUCCAACCAGAAUGGCUAGUCGAGGUGGCACCUCACAUGCACACUGAGAGCUCGAUAUCCAAGCUCGGCGACAACAAGAAGAUGCCCAAGGCGACGGCGAAGAUGCUCAAGGAAAGAUAG